GAACGAAUCGUGCAUAGAUAUGUUCCUCUUCGUACGUGUGUAGCAUAUUGAUAAAACACGUUGUGUCCGGCGUUCUAUCUAAAAUGGAUGGAAUCUCUGGAUCAUACCAUUGAGACGAUCCCCGAAGUAUGCCGAAGCUAUGGACAAUUUACACUGUGGUUUGAGUGACGAUAUACGAAUGAAUACGAGGAACAAGGAUGAAACACCGUGGAGCGAACGACGUAAUCGUCGCUUCUUCUGCGCCGCUGUCGAGCAUCAGACCGCCGGGAGAGGGUGGCCGGGAUAGUCAUGGUAGGGACAAUACGUCAGCAUGUCGCUGCCUGCUAUCGCCUCUCCUCCAUUACAUACAACCGAGGCAGCAAACAUGGCGAGUCAGUCGCUGUUUACGGCGUGAGCAGCCUACGGCGCUUGGACCGGGGCAGCCAGUAUUCAGUGUGCGAGCAGAACUCUCAGUGGGUGAUGUGAGCUUGUGCCAUCGUAUAUUGACGAUUUUCGGUGAUUAUUACGAUUAUGGAGUUACCGAGGAAGUACGCGGCGACGAAAAAAAGGGUGGAUGGACACCAUAGCGUGAAGCGAAAAACAGCAGAGCUGACGCCUACCAGAGCGUCGCCGAAGCUGGUGCUGCGAUCUGUGGGUGAGGACGCGGAAUCAACCGCCAUACACCCGGACGAGCUAAAACCAACGUCAGAAUGCCGAAAUUAUCGGAGGAAAGUCGACACUGUAGACACACACGGAAGAUUGGAAAGCGGAAGUGGAAGCGGCGAACAGGAUGGCGGCCAGCACGAUGACGGAAUAGACAAUGGAACGAAGAAGAGAAGAACUCGCAGAGGCAAACCCAAGAACAAAAAAUUCAAGGCGUAUUCUAAACUAAUAUCCUUGGAAGAAAAGAUCUCAGCAAACAGGCAGCCACCCGCUCCGUACAAUACCACGCAGUUUCUCAUGGCUGACCACAGUGACCUGCCUGAUCUUGAGCAAAAGUUGUCGAAAGCAACAUCGCUGGAUAUUCCCGCUUCUCUGUUUCAGAAACCGGCAACGCGCACUCGCGACUCCAGUUUUAGCAUAGAUUCGAACGACGACGAGUAUUUUUAUUCCUCACCCGAAGACGAGGAGGAGUUUUUAACGAAAGAGUUCUCGUCCGCUUAUGAGGCUCUACGCGAAGAACGAUUGAAUUCCUUAACAAAAUCGGAAUUGUUGCAGGAGUACAGACUUUUAGAAGCUAAACUGGAAACAUUAACAAAGAGGUUACGGAACAAAAGUACCCCUCAACUUGACGGAAACGAUGGGGCGGAAAGUAAGAACGUUCCCGCUUUGGAUGCCGAGAUAGCGAAAAAAGAUUCGGAGAGCAAGAACACAUCUAACACGGAUAUCGAAGUUACGAAGAAGUUGAAGCUGUGUCAGCAAAGGGUGGACGACCUGAUACAAAAGACCAAGCAGCUGAGCCAGGAGAACGAGCAAUUACGAAAAUACGCGGAGGAAGCACAGAGAUUGAGAAAGAGCAGCUCCGAGUCUACCAUUGAUACCGAAUGUGAUAGUAGUGAUAGCGACAGCUCUACUUCUAGCGAUAGCAGCCGAAAUUCUUGUAGCGGGUGCUCCUUUGUAUCAAGUACGCAAACAUCUCCGAAUCGCUCUUACAAGUCUAGAUUAGAUAAUAAUAAGGAAAAAACGGGUGAUAGAAUCGAUAGCUGCGAGACUAGCCAAAGCGGAAGUCCCCGAACAUGUACGACACCCACUAACUUUUCUAACGGUCUUACGAUCACAAACGAAACCGGCGGAUUACCCACCUAGAUUUUAAACCCGUUUACUCGGACAUUAAUGCGUUUUCUAAGUGAAAGAAAAAAAAGCAACACACUUAAUAUUCGAUAUGUUCAAUAAAUGUCGAGAAAAAGCGCGAUUCUUGAAGAAAUAAUAUAAUAAAUGGGCAGCAAUCGAGCUUUUUUUCAAUAUUUCUUAGUUUUUGUUGUAUAUUUUUUAUUUGUGUUAGCUUAGUUAAUAUUCUAUUAUCUUAUAUAUUAUUAAUAAAAUCAUCAUGGUCUUAUAUCUCGGUUAAAAGUCUCCUCGUUGUUUUAAAUUUAUUUAUAUAUUUUGUUUUUAUAUCUUCUCUGAUGAAAAAUUCGUACUUUUGAGGUCAGCAAAGGGUCUAUGUAUAUAUAUACAUAGCGUACGAUAAAAUGAAUCCAAAAACGAACUCGAGCGUGUCUUUCUAAACGACUUACUUGAAUUCGUGAUAUUCCUUUGUAAGUUACACAGUCGUGCAUUAAGGAGUUUCUUGGAUACUCGCCAUUAGCUGUCUUGUGCGAAUUGCACAAAUCAGUUAAAAAUUAAUAUAAUAUUAUUUUGAAGAAAAAAAUUUAUUUUAUUUUGACGCAAAGUGCAGGCAUUUUAAGCAUAUAUAUUUUUUCGCGUAUUUAAACGUCAUUUAUUUAAACGUCAAAAUGAUUAUCGCAAGUAUCCAGAAACACAUUAAUACUCUUGCAAUCAUCUAGAAUAUCGAACAUUAUAUAUCUAGAUGCUGUGCCUGUAUAAUAACCAUUCACAACAAACAAAAAUUUGGUUAACUACCUGAUAAUACAUUCGUUUUCGAAUACAUUUUAUGAUGUUUUA